AUGAAUAUUUUCAGAAUUCUAGGUGAUUUAUCUCAUUUAGCAAGUAUAUUAAUCCUUAUUUAUACAAUUCGGAGUACUCAUGUAAUUGAAGGUAUUUCUUUUAAGACUCAAUCAUUAUAUGCUUUAGUUUUUAUUACACGUUAUUUGGAUUUAUUAACUUUUAAUUAUAUUUCAUUUUAUAAUACAAUAAUGAAGAUUUUUUUCAUUGUAUCUUCAGCAUAUAUUGUUGUAUUAUUGCAAAGUUUCCAAAAGACAAAUCCAAUUGCUUAUAAAGAAAUGAUUCUUGCUGACAAUUUUAAGAUUCAAUAUAUAUUAGCGGUUAGUUUUGCGUUAUCACUAAUAUUAAAUUAUAAAUUUUCAAUUAUUGAAAUUCUUUGGAGUUUUUCACUUUGGUUAGAAAGUUUUGCAAUUUUACCACAAUUAUUUAUGUUAUCAAAAAGUGGUAAAUCAAAAAGUUUAACAAUUCAUUAUAUUUUUGCUUUAGGUUUAUAUAGAGCUUUAUAUAUACCAAAUUGGGCUUGGAGAUAUUAUGCUGAAGAGAAAGUACAAAAAAUUGCAUUAUUUGCUGGUAUUAUUCAAACAUUAGUUUAUUCCGAUUUCUUUUAUAUUUAUUAUAAGAGAGUUAUUAAAGGUGCUAAAAAUGACUUACCACAUUAUAUCUAA